AACCAAUGUCUUCGCUUUAUUUUUGUGCUAUUCGUUCAAACAUGGUAGAAUAUUCUUUUCUACAUCAGCAGUGUGCAAUAAAAAACAUUUACGUAAACAAAAUGUUGAAUAAUAGUUUAAAUGUUUGUUGGUGGAUGACUUUUUUUCCUUCUUUUUGCAGGUAAAAUGUUAAAUACAAUAUUUCAUGGCAGAGAAUAAAACACAAAAGAAAUGUAUUGUUGAAAUUUUACCUGGAAUAUUCCUUGGCAACAAAUACAGCUCUUCGAACCAUGACUUGUUGAAAUCUCUGCAGAUUAAAUACAUUGUCAAUGUUGGUGGUGGAAAGAACGCGUUUGAAGGUGACGGUAUACGAUAUCAUAAAAUAGUGAUAGCCGACCGAAGUGAUGUGUCAAUUUUACCAUAUUUGGAAGAAGCAUGUGAUUACGUACACCAUAGCCUGACUAAUGGUCAUGUUUUGAUACAUUGUCGUGGAGGAUUUUCCAGAUCACCUACUGUUCUUAUUGCCUAUUUGAUUAAGUACCACGAAAUGUCAUUUGCAGAAGGUUUGGCUCUAGUAAAGUCUAAGCGAAGUUGCGUGCAACCUAACGCAACAUUUAUUGAUGAUUUAAAAUGUUUUGAAAAAAGUCUAAGAGCUGGACAAUUAACCUAAAAAGUUUCUCUUUAAAAAGAUACAGCUACACAUUUGUGUGGCGAUUUUAUACUUGUCUUUUACCAGUGAGAUCUCACUUAAAUCUGUAAGUGAAAUAAAAUUGAGUUUUAAUGCUUCUCUAAUUAUUUGUUUUCUAGGAAUUUUGUGUACGUGUAAUAAUGUGAUUAUAAAUUUUUAUUGUAUUGGAAAAGAGAACUUUUUUAUUUUUUUUCUCACUGGAUUUGAUGGCUGACUGUUAGGGUAGAAAAAAUUUGAAGUUUAAUUUUCAUUUUCCACUAAUAAUUUUUGUUGCUAUGAAUUUAUUGGCGACACGUUUUAUAACGAAGCAGCACGAGUUGUGACACAAAAAUGCUGUAAGGAUAUUUUAUCUCUACAAUAAUUGCACAACCAAGGUAGGCGAGGUUUUUUACUCUGUUUGUAUGACAACCUUACAUAUUACAAGUUUUUAGCAGGAAAUAAACAGAGCAUGUGAAGUAAUAAUG